UUUGUAUUUGUUAUGAAAGAUGUCACUAGUGGGAGGACUAGCGACGAUAUCGGCGUCAAUGUCGAACGUUUUAAGGCUUUCCAGAGCUUCUGCGCUCCUCGGUAACAUCGCGGUGAGACAACGCAGUCCCCCGCGCAUUUCCACUGUGAGUCUUCGACCGUUCAGCAGCGCCUCAAGCCAGCAGAAGCCAGACGAAGGUGAAGACAAUGUCCACCUCACUGAGUCGUGCGUCAAGAGACUUUGUGAAAUCAUGGAGAAAGGACAGUACCUGAGAAUACAUGUGGAAGGGGGCGGCUGCUCCGGCUUCCAGUACAAGUUUUCAGUAGAUGCCAACAGGAGCGAAGAUGACAGAGUGUUCGAGCAGAACGGAGUGGGCAUCGUCGUGGACCAGGAUAGUCUGGAGUUUGUGAAAGGAGCCACGGUGGAUUUCAGCCAAGAACUCAUCCGCGCCACCUUCCAGGUGCUCAAGAACCCCCAAGCGGAUCACGGCUGCUCCUGUGGCAGCUCCUUUUCUAUCAAACUUUAAAUGACAUGAUACUUGUGGUCUGCAUCACCUGCACAAUGCUCCCCACUUCAGAUAGACAAUGUACAUUACACAUGUUGGUCAACGUGAAGAGCACUAUUUUCUUCUUCUUUUUUUGCAUAGUGUCACUUAGACUACGCUUGAAUUUCACUAGUUAAUGGCAAAAUUCACUAUAAUCAACCGUAGCUUGUUGCAGCUUUACAAAGAGUUUUCGGUUCAUGCAGUAUAUGCAUGUAUAUAUAAAGUAUGUAUGUUUGAAAAUGUGAAUUUCAUGCCGCAGUGGCAAUAAUAACCUUUAAGCCUUUUAAUAGACCUUUUUAAGAAUUCAGUCAAUCGUGUGGAAGUGAUUGUGGAUUAUUAAAGAAAAUGAGGCAACAA